AUGUCUGAGUCAGUUUGUUAUGUAUUCAUCUGCAAGCGCUUUGAUUAUGAACUUGCAUACAAGUGGAUCUGGGGUUGUAUAUCUUGUUGUCGGUUGUGGCCAGUUGUUAACUCUGAAUGGCUGGGGAUUAACUCUGUACAUUUCUCUUAUGACUAUUUGCAACUAAUUUUUGAAAUGGAGUCAAUUCAGCAGAAUUAUAACGAUAAUUUCAUGGAGCAUGCAUCUAGUGGUUCUCCAAGUUCUCCUGAUAUAAGCAAUAUAGUUGGAGCCGCACAGUUGAAUCCUCGAAUUGGUCAUGAAUACCAGGUGGAAGUUUCUUCCAUGAUAGAAGAACCAGAACGCCUUCAACUUCUAAUGAAUCCUGCUGAUUCAGAAGUUGUGCAUGAUAACUCACUUUUCUUUGCAAUUGGUUUACCCAUCUUAGGUGCAUGGAAACAUAAUGAAGUGGAGGAUAGUGGGCAUGAGGGGUGGGGAUAUCUUGGAGACAUUGAUCGUACGGUCAAUGCAAUUAAGCCUGCAAAAACAGCUAAUGUAAAAAAGAAUGGUAUGUCAGGAGAUAGCAAGUCAGGUGAACUGGGUAAAAGCAAAAAAUAUAAAAUGGCCCCUGGCACAUCAAGUAACUCCUGGAGUGAUGCUGAUGCAAAAAGUUUUCUCCUUGGUUUGUUUGUUUUUGGGAAGAAUUUUAUUCAGAUAAAAAGAUUCUUAGAGAACAAAGGGAUGGGGGAAAUACUGUCAUUUUACUAUGGGAAAUUUUAUAAAAGUGAUGAAUAUCGUAGAUGGUCAAGCUGCAGGAAGAUAAAAGGAAGAAAAUGUAUGAUAGGACAGAAAUUUUUUACUGGACGUAGACAACAUGAACUAUUGUCUCGCUUAAUUCCCCAUGUCUCAGAAGAAUCUCAAGAUACUUUGCUCCAGGUUUCCAAGUCAUAUGUGGAGGGCAGAGCUUCUCUAGAAAAAUACAUAUCCUCUUUGAAGUCUAUUGUUGGACUUGGUGUUCUUGUGGAAGCAGUUGGUAUUGGUAAGGAGAAGGAAGACCUUACAAGCCUUUCCGCAGGAUCUGGGAAGAACAAUCGGUUGUUUUCAGCACGAACUAGCAAAUCUUGGUCUUCUCUUGCACCCAGUGAUAUAAUAAAACUUUUGACAGGUGGAUUUCGACUUAGCAAAGCCAAAAGUAAAGAUCUCUUCUGGGAAGCUGUUUGGCCCCGCCUACUGGCAAGAGGUUGGCACUCUGAACAACCAAAGAAUCAAGGCUAUGUCAACUCCAAAGAUUAUCUGGUUUUUCUUAUGCCCGGUGUUGAGAAUUUUUCAAGGAGAAAACUUGUUAGAGGUGAUCAUUACUUUGAUUCUGUUAGUGAUGUCUUGAGCAAAGUGGUAGCUGAACCAAAUCUUCUUGAGCUUGAAGAAGAAACUAAAGUUGGUAACUGCAAUGAAGAACCAGAAACGGGAUCAUAUGAGGAUGAUCAAUCUGAUUAUCAUCUUCAAUGUUACCUUAAGCCCCGAGCUUCCACUUACAAUACAGCCCAUAUGGAAUUCAUGGUUAUUGAUACCAGUUUGAUGCAUGGAGGGAAGUCAUCUGGUUUAAGGGAAUUGAAAUCUGUACCUGGUAAUUCAGUGGGUAAAGUUGAGGUAGAUGCUGCUGCUAUAACAUAUAAAGGGGCUAACCGUACGAGGAAAGUAAACCGUGACAAGGUUAUGUUAGAAAGCAUCAAUCAAAAGUUGACAAAGUUCAGAGUUAUUGAUUCCAGUAUGCUUUAUGAUGGAAAAUUAUUGAAGGUGAGAGAACUGAGGUAUCCACAAGUUGAAUUGGAAGAUGCUUCUAAGAUGACUGGUCUUUCAGGAGAAAGUAAACGUAGCUCUUCCGAUGAUGAUUCACCAAGUGUGGUGGAAGCCAAUAUGCAGAUGUAUGGUAAAAAUAAUAUUAGUAAUACUGAUAGCCAAAAGGACAUAUCUGACUGUAAUGCUACCAACCAAAAAGAAGCAUAUGAUAACCCACAUAUUAAUGCAAGCAAGAUGGUAGAAAGCCAGCAAAAUCAGAAGUCCUGUGUGUCUGAUGAUAAUCAACUAAAGAGGACCAUAAAGCAUCAAUUCAGUCGGAGACCAAGAUCAGGUCAUUCUAAUCAUGCAGUUCUUCCCAUUAAACGGAGGAGAUUGACUGCUUGUGCCAAGGCAGAGUCAAGCCACGUCAUUGAAAAAUCCACAGGAGGCUUGGGAUCAGAAGAACUGGCAUUUUCUCAGUCAUCAAGCUUUCCAGAUGCCAAUGAAAAUGUUGGUGAUCCAGUUAGUGAUCAGCAAAAUGGAAGCUCAAUUGCUUCUUCUGCUGACAGAAUUGUGGAAGAAAGUAAGCAAGAAAGCAUUCUCAAUGAAAAUUGUCAAUGCAUGAGCGUUUCUUGUGUUAAAGAUGAGAAAUGUGAAGCACAGUCUCCAAUCAACUUCAACAUACCCCAGGUCUUAUCUAAGCCUGAAAAUGGUGAAAUGAUGGCAAUGGUGGAGGAAGAUGGGCAGACCCUAAAGGCAAAUGAUCCAUCUAUGGAACAGCAACCUAAGAUAAAUCCCAGGAGGCAGAGCACAAGAAACCGACCUUUGACUGUUAGAGCGUUGGAAUCUUUAGCAAAUGAAUUCUUGCACGUGCAAAGGAGACAGAAAAGGAAAGACAUCCAGAUACACAAAGAUGCUUUCAGUCCUUGCCGCAGGGCUCGUACAAAAGGCAAAACAAUGCUGCGUCGUCAUAGUUCAGAUCAUGGGACAGCAGUUUUAGUAGAAGAAAAGCAUUUGAAUGGAGAUUCUAGUGCUAGUGAAAUAUCUGCAAACCACUAGAUUAAUUUAAAGAGUAGUGAUAUAUUAUACUAGAUAUCUUUGAAGCAACCAGUCACAUUGAAGCUUUGACUUUUAGAAACAAACUGAUUUUGAAAGUACUGAUGCUUCUCCUGUCUGACUUGCAAAUUGCAUUCUAAAGCUGCCGGAGUGGUUAGACAUAUUGUACAGAUUUUUGCCUUAAGAGAAUUUUUAU